AUGACCGCGACCAAGCAAGAUACUGCUCCGACAGUUGUCGACUCCCAACCUGCGCUGAUUCAUCUCCUUGAUUCCAUCCUUGAACUUCCUGUCGAGCCUCCCUCUCUAUACUUUGACCUUGAAGGCAUUCGACUCGGCCGCCUUGGCUCAAUAUCCCUCGUAUCGCUUCAUGUUGCCCCUCAUUCAAAGACCUACAUCGUUGACGUCAACUUGUUAUGUGGUAGCGCCUUCUCAACGUUAAGCACUAACAAAGAGUGGUCACUCAAGACGGUGCUUGAGAGCCAACACAUACCGAAAGUAUUUUUCGACGUCCGGAACGACUCAGAUGCUCUUUAUAGCCAUUAUCAAAUCUCCAUCAAUGGAGUUGUCGACCUCCAACUGCUCGAACUCGCAACACGAAAAGGCUCUAGAAACCGUGUGGCUGGCUUAGCUAAAUGCAUCCAAACUGAUAGUUCCGUGUCUGAUGAUUCCAAAAGAGCCUGGCGAGAGACGAAAGAGGCUAUCGGUCGACUCUACGAUCCUAAAAGCGGUGGCCGCUAUGAAGUCUUCAAUGAAUGUCCUCUGAGACCGGAUAUUCUACAGUAUUGUGCAUAUGAUGUCGAGCUAUUGCCGAGCUUAUGGGAGGUGUAUAGCACAGAGCUUCUUAAGACUGGCUAUGGCUGUUGGAGAUCUAUGAUCAGACACGAGACACAAGAACGAAUAAAACUUUCGCAGAGUCCGCAUUACAACGGGCAGGCGCAAAGCAAGGUUUAUGGGCCGUGGGACUCGCAUAACAUUGAAGCGGCGAUUGAAAACUGGAAUGAUGAUGUGAUGCUAUUGGAAGUACAUGAUGGUAUGGUACUAGACGAAUAUGAUCAAUGGGUUGAUCCUCGUCAAAACAGCGUAGGAAGAAGUUCCGCUUCCACGCUGGUCGCUAGACUAGCAACUAAAUAG